AUGGGAAGAUUAUUCGUGACAAACAUCGAUGGACCAGUCUACAAAUGCAAGCGUUGCCAAGUCAAAAUCACUUACGCCGAUCCAGCUAAAAGGUCACUGCCGUCGGCUGACUUUCCGGCCAGCUUUGGGAAACUGUAUUACGUCAUGGAAUGCUACAAUGUGGUGGUUGGAAAUAGAGUGGCAAUCGCUAUAGAUGGAAACAUUAACGAUUCAAUGCGUGAGAUUUCCUGCGUCGCUUGUGGCUCACGUCUCGGCUUACGCUAUGAGAGCAACGAUAGGAGACUCAUGUACAAUCAAGGACAUUUUCUCAUCAACAGGUAUAAGCUCCGUGGACCACGAAAUGGAAGCGAUGAUGAGAAUUGA